CAACUCCGCUUCUCAAGGCCUGGAUUCCCCCCAACCCCCAUCAGCAUCCCCGCUGUCAGCCUGCUGGAGCCAGUACCCCAGCAGCAGGAACCUGGACGCGGGGGAGACCUGGAGGCGAGGUUGACAGGCAUUCCAACCGCCUCCUCUCCGCUCCGCAGCACCGCAACCCGACUCGGACCAAUAGUCCAUCGAUCAUUAACCCUCGAGAAUGGAGGGUCGCGCAGACACCCCUCUCCCAUCCACGCGGGGCAUAUAACCCUUUCCUUCCCGGGGCUUUCCAAGCCGACCCCAAGAUCCGUAGGAGCGGCCCUUUCCCUCGAGCUUGCCACCUCGCCUUACCUGUGGGCUGGGGUCGAAGACCUCCAUAGGGAUCUCUUGGGAAGGUGGGUAAGGGCCCCGGGACAUGCCGCUCUUCUGGACCAUGGAGAGGAUCCUCCGGUCCGGCCGCCCUCCCAGCCCAGCCGGGCGCUCUCAGCGCAUGGGAGAGGCCGUCCGAGCCCAGAGCAGCGCGGCGUCGCGCAGCCAGCACCGGGUGCAGUCUCCCAGCUGGACCUCCGGCUGCACGCUCGCCGCCUUGCUUGCCCUCCCGGCUCGCGCUGUGCUCUCUGCGGCCGCUGCCGCCGUCGCCGCCGCCGCCGCCUCCGCCCCUGAAGGUUCAGCAUCUCCCCCCGCCCCUCCCUCGCUCCCGCCCCGCGCCGCGGCCCCGCCCCUCGAGCCCCUCAACCGGCUGCGCGCAGACAAUGGCCGAGUGGCGUAGCCCCGCUGGCCUCCAGAACGUGGAGGGGCUCGAUCGCUGUCCUCCGAUUAGACUGGGAUGAGGGCGGCCUGCAGGGGACUAAGGGGAAACCGGCCUUGAGGCUGGGAUGGAGGUGGGGGGCGUUUACCAGUGUGUGCCAAGCGUUGAUGGGGGGGUGGGGAGGUGGUGAAACGCCGCUCGGUAUGACUGGUACCGCCUCCCUUUCUGUCCCAAACUACUCUCUCAGCUGGUCUCCCUGAGCGACUCUAGCUUGGGCCACCGGAACUUCCCGGUCCCUGUGAUCCUGGGACCUGCCUUUAACUCCUUUCUCCCCAGUGUCAGGCCCAGGCCGCCAUGAAACUAGCUGAGUAGACCUCCCUCUCCAACCGGGCUCUAGGUCUACUGGCCCCAGCCGGGCCUGGAUGAUGGGCUAAUCUAGAAACCUUUCACAGACCGCUAGCCCUCCGCGAAGACCAGGCCGUCCAGGCCAAACCCUCCUCACGCCGCCUGCGCGACUUAGCGUGACUUCCGGCUACCCAGAGGACCACGUGACCAAACGCCCUCACUGCGCAUGUGCGCCGCGGAGUCGGACUGAACCAUUUUGCCCGACGAAAGGGUAUGCUCAGGCUACAGAAGAGGCUUGCCUCUAGUGUCCUCCGCUGCGGGAAAAAGAAGGUCUGGUUGGAUCCCAAUGAGACCAAUGAAAUCGCCAAUGCCAACUCCCGUCAGCAGAUCAGGAAGCUGAUCAAGGAUGGGCUGAUCAUCCGCAAGCCUGUGACUGUCCAUUCCCGGGCUCGUUGCCGGAAAAACACCCUGGCCCGACGGAAGGGCAGGCAUAUGGGCAUAGGGAAGAGGAAGGGUACUGCCAAUGCUCGGAUGCCUGAGAAGGUGACCUGGAUGAGAAGGAUGAGGAUCCUGCGCCGGCUUCUCAGGAGAUACCGGGAAUCCAAGAAGAUUGACCGCCAUAUGUAUCACAGCCUGUACCUGAAGGUCAAAGGGAAUGUGUUCAAAAACAAGCGCAUCCUCAUGGAGCACAUCCACAAGCUGAAGGCAGACAAGGCCCGCAAGAAGCUCCUGGCUGACCAGGCUGAGGCUCGCAGGUCUAAGACCAAGGAAGCACGAAAGCGCCGGGAGGAGCGCCUCCAGGCCAAGAAGGAAGAGAUCAUCAAGACUCUGUCCAAGGAGGAGGAGACCAAGAAAUAAAGCUUCCCUCGUGUCUGUACAUAGCGGCCUGGCUGUGGCCUCAUGUGGAUCAGUCUUUAAAAUAAAACAAGCCUUUGUCUGUUG